AUGUGUGUGUCUGUGUCUGUGUCUGUGUCUGUGUCUGUGUCUGUGUCUGUGUCUGUGUUUGUAUAUCUGAUUGGAUGUUCGUGCCUGACUACGUUAGACCUGUCGCACAAUCCGUUGGACCAGUUAUCGGAUGGCGUUUUGCCUCGCUUUGUGGCUCUGUACACGCUACGGCUGCGUGGCUGUGGUCUGACAGAGCUACCGACAGACAUCGGACAGAUGACAACCGUCUCUAUGAUAGAUCUCGCGGAUAACGGUAUCCGAGACUUGCCCGUGAACUUCCAGUCACUCGGUCUACUGCGUGAGUUGGACCUGAGCAAGAACUUAUUUGGCCUCGCCCAGGCAGACGGACUUACGUGUCUGUGGAAGUGCCUGUCUAUUCAGUUGUUGGAUCUGUCCAGUAACCAGCUAACCUACAUAGCCCCCCAGAUCAACCGCCUGCCCUUUCUGUGCCAUCUGGGACUCGCAGAUAAUUUGCUGACAGACGACCUCGACAUCAGGUGCAUAGCAAUGGCCACCGAAAGCAAAUUAAAUAUCAACCGACGCAAACUAUUAGAUCUAUCCUUCAACAGGCUCACACAGUUCCCCAAAGCCCUGCGGGAUCUGCGGGGCGUUGAGCAUGUGUUUCUGCACGGCAAUGCGUUUAACGCCCUACCGCCGCCAUACUACGCC